UCUGUCAAUCAUGAAAAGUCGCAUCUAAAUGACGUCAUUAUGCGCACGACCUGUCCUUGAAGCUACAACACAGGCAAGAUGGUUGCAUACUGGAGACAGGCAGGCCUAAGCUACAUCCGCUUCUCUGCUAUCUGCGCAAACGCGGUGCGGGCGGCGCUGAAGCCACAGUUCAAGACCGAGGCGAUAAAGGCCGCGGAGGCAAACGUCAAAAUACACAAACCCAAAACAGCUUGAUGUGAUGCUGGUGUAGCUAUAUUCCUGAGGAUGUGAGGUCUUGUCACCAGCCUGUUCUUCGGAACAUGAAGAAGAGGAGAAAAGAGCUGGAUAACAUCAUGAACUUGUUAAAGACUGGAGACUUCUGAAUAAAAUCACAUUUUUUUGUUUGUAAUUAAAGAUGUAUUAACAAUAAACCUGAUGAGAACAGUU